CAUAUUGGUCUAUGACCCCCACCACCACCAUUAACCUCCAGAGUGAUUAGCCUACCCAUCUUGUGUUCCCAUGGAAGGAGCUGAGUAUAUUUAAUAUUAGGAGCACAUCCAGAAGCCUUUGAGGAGGGGGAUGGCUCUUCAUAUUCAUGAAGUUUACAUACUUCUGUUGGUCAUCCCUGGAUUGGUUACCUCUGCUGCCAUCAGUCAUGAAGACUAUCCUGCUGAUGAAGGUGACCAGACCUCCAGUAAUGACAAUCUGAUCUUUGACGACUAUCGAGGGAAAGGGUGUGUGGAUGACAGUGGCUUUGUAUACAAGUUGGGAGAACGAUUUUUCCCAGGACAUUCCAACUGUCCAUGUGUUUGUGCUCUGGAUGGACCUGUUUGCGACCAACCCGAAUGCCCUAAAAUUCACCCAAAGUGUACUAAAGUGGAACACAAUGGAUGCUGUCCUGAGUGCAAAGAAGUGAAAAACUUUUGUGAAUAUCAUGGGAAAAAUUACAAAAUCUUGGAGGAAUUUAAGCCCUCUCCAUGUGAAUGGUGUCGCUGUGAGCCCAGCAAUGAAGUUCACUGUGUUGUAGCAGACUGCGCAGUUCCUGAGUGUGUCAACCCAGUCUAUGAACCAGAGCAAUGUUGUCCUGUCUGCAAAAAUGGUCCAAACUGCUUUGCAGGAACUACCAUAAUUCCGGCUGGCAUUGAAGUGAAAGUGGAUGAAUGUAACAUCUGUCACUGUCACAACGGGGAUUGGUGGAAGCCUGCUCAGUGUUCAAAGCGCGAAUGCCAAGGCAAGCAGACUGUGUAGAACAAAUUCCCAACCGAUGAGGAAAGGAUGCUAUGGCUUCUACAGUGCACAUGUUUAAAACAAAACAAAACAAACAAACAAACUCCUGCCAGCUACAACAGGG